CCCCCCCCUUCUCCACAAGCUGGCCGCCAUGUCCAAGCCCCAGCUCACAAAGGAGAACCUCAACCGCGUCGCGCCAGAGCGGCGCAUGUCGCAGUCGUCGACGCCGCCCGGCUCGCGCACGCCGAGUCUGCAUCAGCCUGCGAUGUCGCGCCGCAGCUCGAUCAGCGCCGCCGGCCCUAACCACGCUAUCGACACGACGCAGAUCGGUGUGCCAACUCCGCGCCGGCCCAAGGCUCACCAGCGUUCGCUCACUGGCUCGUACUUCCCCACCGCUGGGAUGGGCGGCAAGGUCAUCGACGAGAGCCCCAUUGGCGAUCCCAAGGUUUGGAAGGCGGCGCUCGAGGCCAACGACGUCGACACCCAGGACACCCAGCAGGUUGCCAACACCGUCGUCCGUCAUGUCACGACCACCCUCGCACGUCAAGCCGCUAAUCUCGACGAGCUCGCCGCUUACCAGGCCACUGCGCUGUCGGUACGCGACCAGCUCCUCAAGCGUUGGAACGAAACGACGACAUACCACACUAGAAGCGCGCCCAAGCGUGUGUACUACCUCUCCAUCGAGUGGCUCAUGGGUCGCUCGCUCGACAAUGCCGUCCUCAACCUCGACAUGCGCAACACUUACGAGACGGCGACGCAAAAGCUUGGCUUUAACUUUGAGGAUCUCUUGAACGAGGAGCGCGACGCAGGCCUCGGCAACGGUGGCCUCGGCCGCCUCGCCGCAUGCUACAUUGACUCGAUGGCUACCCUCAACCUGCCCGGCUGGGGCUAUGGCCUGCGGUACUCGUACGGCAUUUUCAAGCAGCUCAUCUCCAACACUGGCGAGCAACUUGAGGCGCCGGACCCGUGGCUCGACCGUGAGAAUCCGUGGGAGAUUGCCCGUAUCGACGUCGCCUACCCCAUCCGCUUCUACGGCCGUGUUGAGGCUGUGCCCAACACCGAUAGAGCCGUCUGGUCCGGCGGCAUGGAGUGUCUCGCCGUCGCGUACGAUGUGCCCGUUCCAGGAUUCGGAACCAAAAACACGGCCAACCUCCGCCUCUGGGGCUCGCGUCCCAUCCAGGGCUUUGACCUCAACUCGUUCAACGCGGGCAACUACGAGGCGUCCGUCCAGAGCUCGUCGGAGGCCGAAAACAUCACCCGUGUCCUUUACCCCAAUGACAACAUGUACUCGGGCAAGGAGCUGCGUCUGAAGCAGCAGUACCUCUGGUGCUCGGCGUCGCUUCAGGACAUUCUUCGCCGCUAUCAGAAGCUGGAUCUCCCGUGGGAGCAGCUCCCAGACUAUGUCGUCAUUCAGAUGAACGACACGCACCCUACCAUCUCCAUUGUUGAACUCAUGCGCAUUCUUAUCGACGAGGAGGAGGUGCCAUACGAUGUUGCCUGGAAGAUCACGACCAAGGUCUUCGCUUACACCAACCACACUGUCCUGCCCGAGGCGCUCGAAAAGUGGCCCCUGCCUCUCUUCGAGAACAUGCUUCCUCGCCACCUGCAGAUCAUCUACCGCAUCAACCUCGAGUUCCUUAACGAGGUUGCCAAGCGCUUCCCGGGUGACAUGGACCGCAUCAAGCGCAUGUCGAUCAUCGAGGAGGGACCGACCAAGUUUGUCCGCAUGGCCAACCUCGCUAUUGUAGGCUCGUUCAAGGUUAACGGUGUCGCCGAGCUCCACUCGCAGCUCCUGCAGUCCACCAUCUUCCGCGACUUCGUCGAGUUCAAGGGCCGUGACAACUUCACCAACGUCACCAACGGCAUCACCCCUCGCCGCUGGCUGCUCCAGUGCAACCCGAACCUCGCCGAACUUAUCACUCAGACGCUCGGCUCAGACCACUGGCUAGUGAACCUCAAGCAAAUUGCGCAGCUCAUUCCGAUGGCCGAGGACGCUGCCUUCCGCAAGAGAUUCCGCGACAUUAAGAUGGAGAACAAGGCGCGUCUUGCCGAGCUCCUGGAGAACGAAAUGGGCAUCUUCGUCGACAUCAACUCGAUCUUCACCUGCCAGAUCAAGCGUCUCCACGAGUACAAGCGUCAGACCCUCAACAUCUUCGGCGUCAUCUGGCGCUACCUCCAGAUCAAGAAGGCGACUCCCGCGGAGCGCAAGAAGAUGGUUCACCACACGACCAUUUUUGCCGGCAAGGCCGCGCCAGGUUAUUACAUCGCAAAGCUCGUCAUUCGCCUCAUUGUCAACGUUGCCAAGGUCGUCAACGAGGACCCCGAGGUCGAGGAUCUCCUCCGCGUGGUCUUCGUUCCCGACUACAGCGUCUCGAUUGCUGAGGUUCUCAUUCCUGCUGCCGACGUUUCGGUCCAGAUCUCGACCGGCGGUACCGAGGCCUCAGGCACUUCGAACAUGAAGCUUGGUCUCAACGGCGCCCUUCUCCUCGGUACUGUUGACGGUGCCAAUAUCGAGAUUGCCGAGGAUGUCGGCGAGGAGAAUGCGUUCCUCUUCGGUCACCUCGCGGCCGAUGUCGACGCCGUCCGCUACUCGAACGCGUAUCAGCCCACGCCUUUGGAGGAGCGCUCGCCCGAGCUCGCCGAGGUGUUCAAGGCCAUCCAGAGCGGCAUGUUCGGCGAUGGGCACGUUUACGACCCCGUCCUCAAGACCGUCUAUGACAACGAUUACUACCUUGUCUCAAAUGACUUCGGCAGCUACCUGGCCGCUGAGAAGCUCGUCGACGAGCUCUGGCAGGACCAGGAGGAGUGGACCAAGAAGUCUAUCCGCACGGCGUUUGCCAUGGGUGACUUCUCGUCUGACCGCUCGAUCCAGGACUACGCCGACUCGAUCUGGUCUCUCGAGCCUGACCCGGUUCCCGACAACUGA